GGGCCACAUUUUGAGACCACUGAGUUCGAGGUUCAUAUUCAUAUACAGACCGGAUGUUGCGUUGUGUUCUGUUUUUUUAUUUUUCCUCUGAUAGUAAGGCUUUAUUUUGAAGCGUUUUGCACGCCGUACAGCCACAUGUGACAUCAGGUCAUGUGACUUAUAUGAAGUCAAAUAUUUAUCUAACCGGGGAAGGAGCAGGACCUUGUGAUCCGGUGUCUGUAGCUGUAAAAAGUGAUUAUUCAUGGUGACUGCAGGCGUUCCAGGGGAGGGGGAGGGAGGAGGGCCAGCACGUUCAUCCAUAAAGCCUUCCUGUCGUUGUCACUUGUCUUCUGUCAGGAGAGCGGCUCCUCCUUGUCCUGUCACAGCUUUAAAUCAUGUCCGAUCCUUCAGAAUCCAUCAAAACGCAGCAGAAGCGCGUUCUCUCCGAUGACGACUGGAAUAAGAAAUGGGAGACGAGAAAUAUCGGGUUUCAUGUAGAACGUGUUCACCCGUUACUCGCAGAAUUCUUGAAUGAAAUGCAAAAUGGACGGACAAAGUUGAGCAUCUUCUUCCCUCUGUGCGGCAAGGCGGUGGAUAUGAAAUGGCUGGCGGACAUGGGCCAUACCAUUGUGGGGGUGGAUGUCUCUGAGCUUGGAAUCAAGGAAUUCUUUACCGAACAGAAUAUUCUUUACACUGAAGAAGCCGUCCCUGAGAUUCCUGGAGGAAAAGUAUUUAAGAGCGCGUCCGGGAACAUUUCAUUGUACUGCUGCAGUAUCUACAACGUAUCUAGCUCUGUUAUUGGAAAGUUUGAUGGAAUUUGGGACCGAGGAGCAAUGGUGGCUGUGAACCCCAGAGACAGACAACGUUAUACCUCAGUGAUGUUGCCACUUAUGGCCGAAGACUGUCGGUAUCUUCUUGUAACAUGUGAAUAUAACCCUAAGUUGUACAAAGGUCCUCCCUUUUAUGUGCCCGAAUCUGAACUUGAACAUUUACUUGGUCCUUCAUGUCAUUUUAAGCUGCUGAAGAAGAUCGAUGAAUUUACUGAUGUACAGAAACGGUGGGGACUGGAUUUCUUCUCCUCAAACCUCUACCUGAUCACACACAAGUCCCAGUCCUGAUCCGCCGCACCAGGGUUUUUAUUAUCUCAGAAUAUAUAUACGGACCAUAAAUCACAGAUCUUUUCAUAUCAAUAAAUUAUAUUUCC